AUGUCCCGGAAAAGGAUACUGUUGGAAACACCUUUAAGUUCGAAGGCUCUAUCCAGACGGGACAAAGAAAUUGACCGUUGGGGCAGGUGCGGCUACACCUGUUGCGAACGGCAACCGUUAAUUCGAUCGCUGUAUCGACAGAGUGGAGGACCUGAUGCAGCUGGAAGCCAGGGAUUGACGAGAGGUGGUACAGGACAGGAAGCGCCGGAAGUUUCUCGUUUCGGAGACACUUUUUGGGUCGCAGAGCCAGCGGAGUGA